CAGACAAAAAGCCCCAAACGGACCUUCAGGUAACGCCAAGGCACAUCUACAGCGGAGAGUGGAGACCACAGGAAAAUGAACUGGGGCUUUUUGGAGAGUGUCCUGAGCGGGGUGAACAAGUACUCCACUGUCAUCGGGCGAGUUUGGCUCUCCAUCCUCUUCAUCUUCCGCAUCCUGGUGUACGUCGCAGCGGCCGAGCAGGUGUGGAAGGAUGAGGAGAAAGAAUUUGUCUGCAACACCAAGCAGCCCGGCUGUGAAAACGCCUGCUUCAACCACUUCUUCCCCAUCUCCCAGGUUCGCCUCUGGGCCCUCCAGCUCAUCAUGGUGUCCACCCCUUCCCUGCUGGUGGCCCUCCAUGUGGCAUACAGGGAGUACCGGGAGGCCAAGCACGGCCGGAAGCUCUAUGAGGACCGGGGCAGGAUCGAUGGAGGCCUCCUGUGCACCUACAUUGUCAGCCUGCUCUUCAAGACAACCUUUGAAGUGGGCUCCCUGCUUGCCUUUUAUUUCCUGUACAGCGGCUUUGACGUGCCCAUACUGCUUCAGUGCAGCUUGGAGCCCUGUCCCAACACGGUGGACUGCUACAUCGCCAAAGCCACCGAGAAGAAAGUGUUCCUCUACAUCAUGGGCUGCACCUCUAUUCUGUGCAUUGCCCUAAAUUUUGCAGAGAUGCUGUACAUUGUGUGGAAACAGUGCUGGAAAUGCUUCAGCAAGCGCUAUGUCCCAGUGGAGGGCAGGGCUUACUGUCACUGCCACCCACCUGUUUCCACUGUCAACAAGGCUGCCACACAUCAGCUCGCACAAUGCAAAGAAGCGAGCCCACAGCAGCAGCCGUCUACAAAUAAAAACCAGCCUGACCUGUCUUAG